AACGAGGGAAAGAAUACUUAAAAAUUAGUAUGAUUUAUGAAUGAAUAAAGCGGUAAGAACCUGAAAGAGAGAAUAAGCGUCUUGCGUGGAGCAAGGGGCGAACUGAGAACUGAGAACUGAGAGGAGGGACGAGACAAACAAGAGAAAAGUCCGUUUAUUGUUGUUUUCAAGUAAACGGGAGCUUUCUUGCUUGCUUUCUGCCCUUGGAACUACAACGGACCUUCGUUGCCCACCGAUAGCCUUGUAGAUCUUCUUCACACAACCAUGUCUCUUAGUUAAUCUUCGUUUUUCCUCUUUCUCUCUCUCUCUCUCUCUCUGCGUUUGUACAAGUAAGAGAUCACAACGAGAUUGCUGAAGAAAAGGAAGGAAUAAACAAGCAAGAUCGAACAAGAAAGCAGAGAAAAAUACAACAUAGACGGAAUUAGAUUGAUAAGGAUUACUGGUUUGAGCUUCGACAACGACAAAUAGAGCAUGGAUGACAUAACAGCUUCAUUAGUCUCGCUUCUCCAAAAUACUGUCCCCUCUCCUCCUCCAUCUUCUUAUUCCUCCUCUUCCUCCACUGUUUUUACCAAUUACCCUUUCAUUUCUGCCAUCAUUGCCUUCGCUCUCGCGCAAUCCAGCAAGUUCUUCAUCACCUGGUACAAGGAGAGACGAUGGGAUUUUAAGCAGCUCAUAAGUUCUGGUGGGAUGCCAUCAUCGCAUUCUGCAACAGUCACUGCUCUUGCUAUUGCUAUUGGAUUCCAAGAUGGAUUUGGAGGAUCAGUGUUUGCAAUUGCAAUGAUCUUAGCAUGUGUGGUGAUGCAUGAUGCAUUUGGUGUUAGAUUGCAUGCUGGGCGCCAAGCUGAGGUGCUGAACCAAAUUGUAUUUGAACUUCCAGCUGAACAUCCUCUGGCAGAAACCAGACCAUUGCGUGAACUUCUUGGUCAUACUCCCUCUCAGGUUAUUGUUGGUGCAUUGCUGGGAUUUGUCACAGCAGUUAUUGCUCACUUGAUCAGGAAAGCCACUACUCAAGCUUGACAUGGAUGCCAGGGGGCAAACCUUGGUCACCGUUUUCUCUGUAAUUCUGCCAUAAGUACUUUGGAUCCUACUAUUCUGAACUGUUGGUUUCCAUUGUAUUACAUUAUGUGAAAAUGCAUUUAGUUGAUUGUCAUGGCUUGCUGGAAUGAAAAUAUUUUCUGUUUACCAA